AUGGAAGGCCGGGUGCAAGAAAACUCAGCUCAAACUACGAAUAACAAACUUGAGUAUACGUUGUUAGGAAGAGCACUGUACAAGCUCGUGUCUUUUUUCGAAGGCUACGAUCAACAGGUGCUUUCCAUGUGUAUGAGGGCUUUCGAAUUAACUUUGGGGUUUUCUCAGUCUCAGCUGUCAACGUUGGCAACCGUGUCUACUAUGUCGCGCAUGGGCUGUUGCUUGAUUUGGGGAGUUCUUGCAGACAAGUAUGAUUCGAAAUUGGUACUUGGUGGCGGUCUGUUAGUGAUGGGCAUCUCCUCCAUUUUUCUAAGUUCUGCAUCUCGCUACAAAGUGAUUCUAUUCUUGCGUUUCCUACAUGGCUUUGGAUUCGCAUGCGUCUAUCCCGUUCAACAAAAGAUUGUUUCUGAUACAACUAGUUCAGAAGAAGAAAAGAAACCACAAAGCUCACUUGGUUCAACCGCUUCAGGCCCUGCACAGACACAAGGGACAUCACUGAAACCCAAAAACUCACAAGCUAGUACGAAAUUCACGACAUUUCAGGCUCUAAAUUGUAUUGGACGAUUGCUGUGCGCAGUGAUAACCACGCUUAUUGCACGCAAAGUAUUAUUGGGAUAUUAUGGCUGGCGGACCUCUUACGUUGUGUUGGGGUACGUCUGGAUAUUGUUUGGCACGGCCAUUGUAUUUGGAAUGAACAAGGCCAGGGAUGAUGUUUCUAGAUCUCAAGAAUUUCAGAAACUUAUAUCCGAGGCGUUUGAACAAGCUUUCACUAGGCCAACGACGUGGAUAUUAAUAUUCACACUAUUCAUCGCGGAAGCUCCGAUGUCCGCAUUUAAUUAUAUGACAAUAUACCUGCAAUAUCUGGGAGUAUCCGACACAAUGGCAGGGGUUGCAAUUGCGGUUACAUUGAUUGGUGGUGCAGCGGGAAGUGGAGCUGGCGGGAAGAUUAUAGACAAAAUUGCGGGGAACUACAGCCACUAUUAUGCUGAAAUUGGUUCUGGGAUCGCCGUGAUGGUGGUAAGACUAGUCGUAUGUCUGGUAUUCUUUUUAGGAAAAGCACCAUGUGGUAAGUUGCUUUGGUAUCAUUACGUGGAGUUGGCAACGCUCGGGGGUACACUAGUUACAGUUGGUGGUGUGGAUAGGGCACUUUUGAAAAGUGCAGUGGAAAAUAAGUAUCAGGCAACAGCGUCUGCGAUGGUUCGAACUAUAUCUGGCAUUGCGAGUAGUGUAAUUCUAUUCCAAGUUUCCGCAUAUUUGACCGAAAAGGUGUUCGGUUACGUACCCUCUAGGGAGUCAUUUGAAACCAUGGCUACAGAUAUCAAGGACAGAAAUGCCGAAGCUCUAAGAAAAUCUAUGAUGUACAUUAUAUUGGCGGGCACAUUGUUAAACACUGUUUGUUAUAUUGCCUUGUUUUGUAGGUAUGAAAAAGAUAAGGAUGUGGUUAAAAGUAAUAAUGAGAAACAUAAAAACCCAGCAUCCGAAGCUAAAAGCGAAUCGUGA